UUCAAUUUGUUUGCAAAAAUAUUAUACUUUUAAUAAAGAGUACUAGAAAAAAUAGCGAAAUAUAAAGUAAUUUUUGUUACUUCAACCAUGUCUUUGUCUAGUCUUUUGCCUACACCCACAAAUGCGGUGUGGGAUCGUGAAGAUGAAAGACGCGUGGCGGCUAAAGGAGCACCUAAAAUAGGUGCCUUAGUUUCGGCCAAAAUAGCUGCACCGCCUUACGGUCAGCGGAAGGAUUGGGUGCCGAGAACAGACGCCGAUUUCGGCGAUGGUGGAGCGUUUCCCGAAAUACACGUGGCUCAAUAUCCUUUGGAUAUGGGUGCGCCUGCAAAUUUGGGUAAAAAAUCCAAUGCUCUAGCUGUGCGUUUAGAUGAAAAGGGAAAAAUUAAAUACGAUGCUAUAGCACGUCAGGGGCAUGGAAAAGACAAGAUCGUGUAUUCAUCAAUUUCACAAUUGUUGCCCGCUGAGGUAUUGUCAGAGGAUGCGGAAGAAUUGCAGAGGCCAGAUGCUGAGACAGUAGCUGAUACCACAGAAGAAACAAGAAGAGCUUUAGAAAAGUUAACUAGUCAAAAGAUAGCAGCCGCAAUGCCAGUCAGACAUGCCGAACGAGGCGCGCCUGCACAGUAUAUUCGUUACACCCCUUCUCAACAGGGAGAUGCUUUUAAUUCAGGAGCAAAACAACGAAUUAUACGAAUGGUAGAAGCUCAGGUAGAUCCAAUGGAACCACCUAAAUUUCGAAUUAAUAAGAAAAUUCCCAGGGGGCCGCCUUCACCUCCAGCGCCGGUUUUGCAUUCACCUUCGCGAAAAGUCACUGUUAAAGAACAAAAAGAAUGGAAGAUCCCUCCCUGUAUAUCGAAUUGGAAAAACGCAAAAGGUUAUACUAUACCCUUGGAUAAACGUUUGGCUGCUGAUGGUAGAGGUCUGCAACAAGUUCAUAUUAACGAAAAAUUCGCCAAAAUGUCUGAAGCUUUAUAUAUAGCCGAUCGUAAGGCUCGCGAAGCUGUCGAGGCCAGAGCUCAAUUAGAAAAGAAAUUAGCGCAAAAAGAAAAGGAAAAGAAAGAAGACAUGUUGCGCAUGAUGGCUCAAAGAGCUCGAGAAGAACGUGCAGGUAUACGUAAUCCCACAGAAGAGGUACCAGGUACAAGCGCUGACGCCAAAGAACGUAAUGAACUUCGUGCUGAGCGACAUCGUGAACGGCAGCGCGAUCGUAACUUGGCACGCGCAGCUCCCGACAAGCGUUCCAAAUUGCAAAAAGAACGCGAGCGUGAUAUUUCAGAACAAAUUGCACUUGGCAUGCCCGCUAAGUCUGCGGGCACUGGUGAGGCGCUCUUUGAUCAACGUCUUUUUAAUACCACUAAAGGUAUGGAUUCCGGAUAUGGAGAUGACGAAGCUUACAAUGUGUAUGACAAACCCUGGCGCGAAGCCAACUCCUUGGGUAACCACUUGUAUAGACCAAGUAAACAAGCUGACAACGAUGCCUAUGGUGCAGACUUAGAUCGUAUUGUUAAUACCCAACGUUUUGUACCGGACAAGGAAUUCUCGGGUACAUCACGAGCUGGUGGUAGUGGUGCACCUUCGCGUAGUGGUCCCGUUCAAUUUGAAAAGGAAGAAGAUCCCUUCGGUCUCGAUCAGUUCUUGAAUAUGGCCAAGAAAGCUCCAAAGAGAGGCGAAGAGAAAAAUGAUCGUUCUGGCGGUAGUUCCGAUAAAAAACGAAGAAAAGAUUAAAACCGUUUCUAAUUAAUAUAUACUAUUGACAUACAGUUCGUUUUACCCAUUAGUUAAGAAUAUUUUGAAAAUUUUCCACAUUUAUUUGGAAUCUUUAGAUUUUGUUAAUAACAAAAUGCAUUGUAACUACUUUUAGUUUAUAAAGAACGGCGAAAGAAAUUUUGUCUACUACAGUAGUAAA